UAAAAAAAUAAGAACCUGAUCAAUAUGCAAUGACAAAGACCGAAUCAUGCUACGUCGGUCCGGGUUACCCGAGUCCGCAGCAUGCAAUGAUUUAUGGGCCCCGCGAGAACAUAAUUUACAUAAACUGCAUACACACCGACCCACUCAAGCCAGACGUCUUAGCUACGGUUGAUGUUGACCCCGAUAGUCCAACUUACUGCCAGAUUAUCCACAAGCUUCGAAUGCGUGAAGUAGGUGAUGAGCUACACCACAGUGGCUGGAAUAUCUGCAGCAGCUGUCAUGGUCAGCCUGAGAGGCGUGACACCCUAGUGUUGCCCUGUCUUAUGUCAGACAGGGUUUAUUUUAUCGACGUUUCCGAUGAGAGGAAACCCAAAAUCAAAAAGAUUCUGGAACCAGAGGAAAUGCACAAGUAUGGAGUGGCAACGCCACACACUUCGCAUUGCGCACCCACGGGGGACAUCAUGAUUUCGACCAUGGGAAAACCGAAUGGUGAGGCUCGCGGUGACUUUCUCUGCAUCGACAGCAAGACGCUUGAAGACAAGGGUACUUGGGUCAUGGGUGAGAGGAGAGCCAAGUUUGGCUACGAUUUUUGGUAUCAGCCGUAUCACGACGCGCUUAUUGCCACUGAAUGGGGCGUGCCAAAUGUGUUCAAACGAGGAUUUUCUCCUGAAAACCCUGAAGAUGUGGAGGUUUACGGACGAAGUUUGAACUUUUACUCAUGGAAGGAUAGAACACUUCAACAGGUCAUCAACUUGGGGAAAGAUGGCGUAGCUCCACUUGAAGUUCGUUUUCUUCACGACCCUUUGAGCUGCGAGGGAUACGUUGGUUGUGCAGUAAAUUCGAUGGUCUAUCGGUUUUACAAAAAGGAUGGCAUCUGGGUCGCAGAUCAGGUCAUCAAAGUACCAUCUAAGAAAGUCGAAGGAUGGGUAGCACCUCACAUGUCUGGUUUGGUGACUGACAUCAUCAUAAGUUUGGACGACAAAUAUUUGUAUUUUUCAAACUGGCUUCAUGGUGACGUACGCCAGUACGAUAUAACCGACCGAGCAAAUCCAAAACUCACUGGACAAGUGUUUGUGGGUGGCUCUUGCCUAUCUGACUCUCAAGUACGAGUUAUCGAGGACAAAGAACUGAGCGAACAACCUAAGCCAGUAUUUAUUAAGGGUCGUAAACUUGAUGGCGCACCUCAGAUGCUUCAACUUAGUUUGGAUGGCAAGCGAUUGUACGUGACAACGUCGAUUUUCAAACCCUGGGACAGGCAGUUCUAUCCAGAACAUAUGAAGAAUGGCUCUGUCAUGAUGAAACUGGACGUUGAUGUCGAGAAGGGGGGAAUAAAGCUCGAUGAGAAUUUCUUAAUCGACUUUGGAACUGAUAAAAAUGAUGUCUUAUUAGCUCAUGAGAUGAGGUAUCCUGGAGGAGAUUGCACUUCGGAUAUUUGGUUAAUAGAUACUCCACAAACAUAA